GUUGACGUAACUCUUUACGUAAUUACCAAAAGCUGGCAAAUUAUAAAUCUCUAAUUACCAUUUUGCUCUUGUCUCUACUUAGAAAUUUGUUUGUAAAAUGGUUUUUGAGUUGGUCACCAAUAAUAUUACCUUAUUGUACCAUCUCACCAUAAAUGUUCCUAUCUUUAUUGCUUAUAAAUCUCUAUGUCAUUUUCGAGUCUUGUAAGUGUUAUGCAAAAGGAUUGUGCCAUCUCCUGUGCAUAAUCAUGGGUAGGAGAAAGGUGAAGCAUGAAUUGAUUUCCAAUGAAUCUGCUAGGAAAUUGACAUUCAAAAAAAGGAGGGCUGGUCUGCUAAAGAAGCUCAUGGAACUGACUACUCUUUGUGGAGUUAUUGCAUGUGCAAUCAUUUUCAGUGCUUAUAAUUCCAGUCCAGAUAUUUGGCCUUCUCAUCCAGAAGCUGUUUCUGUGCUGGAAAAAUUCAAGAGAUUGCCUCCAAAGAAGCAAAGUAAGUACAUGAUGGACCAGGAAUCUUUUCUUACUAGAAACAUAUCCAAGUUGAACGAGAAAUUGGAGAAGCAAAGGAAGAAAAACGAAAGAAUUGAGUUGGAACUUAUUUAUGCUAAGUGCAUCACUGGUGAGAAUUUGGACCCUUUGAAUUCUUUGAUGAAUAUGAAUGACAUUAGCCAUUUGUUGAAGGAAAAUCUUGAGUACAUGACUGACAGGAUCGAUGCCGCAAAGGAUAAGAUUGAAGAGUAGUAGUUCUUGGUUUAGAGUAAAGAGGGGUAUGUUUAAAGAAUAAUUUUCUGGUGAUGCUUCUUAUAGAAAUAUUAUUGUUCCUAGAACAUAUAGGUUGAUGGGAGAAAGACUCAAAUCAAGUGUUAUUCUAUGAUGCUUUCGCCUUAUUGUCAAAACUUUCAUUCCCCUUUUCUCUUACUUGAAUAAAUGCAUUUCAUGAAUGUUUACCUUAGCAAAGUUCUGUAGCUUUUUUUUUGUCAUCUUUAUCCAAAAUUUUCAUUGGUUUAUUUUUUUUUAUUAAGAAUAUGAUCAUAAAUUUGCAAUUGAAUUAGAGGAUACAGAAAAAUCCAUAGACUCCCCGAGGCUUCAUUUGUUUGCUUUUUUGUUUUUUCUCCAUUUUUUCAAUGCCAUAGAUGAAAUCAGCUAAGUUCUUAUCUAAGGCUAUGUUUGGAUAGAUGGAUUUGGACUAAUGGAUUUGGAUUUGGGCUAAAUACUUUGUUUGGGUAUCUUAAGUGAUAUGGAUUUAGAUUCAUCUAAACUCCAAAUAUAUAAGAAAGCUUUAAAAACUAAUGAUUUGAAAUAACUAGAUUGACAUUGUUAUUUAGAAUUUGCUUCUCACGAUAGCAGCAGAAAGCUAGAAAACUCUGGUCGCUGUCCCUUGCUCCUCCUCUCUCUCUCUCUCUCUCUCUCUCUCUCUCUCCAUCGCUACCCCUCUCGUUCCUCAUCACUACUCUCUCUACCUCCAUCAGUGGUUCUCUGUGUCUCUUGCCCUUGCUCCAUCUCAUCUUAUGCUCUGUUACUAGUGCUCUCUUUAUCUUCAAGUACAAUUCUAACAUUGCUAAUUAGAUUAUUGGUUGUAUUUGAUGAUUAGGAAGCAGGGAUUAUCGGUUGUAUUUGAUUAUUAGGAAAGCAAGAAAAGGGUAUUUCUAAGGAUUGUAAUUAAUUUCGCUUUAAAUUUGUGUAUAUGGAUUAUAGAUUAUGCCUAAUUGAUAUGAUUACAGUAUGACUAUGCCUAAUUGAUUGUAUAUGGAUUACAGUAUGAUUAUGCUUAAUUGGUUGUAUAUGGGUUACCGUAUGAUUAUGCCUAAUUGGGUUGAGUUCCCUUAAACAAUAUUUGUUUUGUUAUGCAAAAUGCUCUUAUUUGAUGAUAAGAAAUGUGCUUUUGGAAUUUUCUUGUUUUUGCAUAGCUCUUUCUAUCCUUUAUCCGUGGAAAGGAUUUUGCUGCCAUGUAUAUCUUGUGUUGUACUUUCUUAUCUAAUUAGCUUACUCAAUUGAGAAUCUAAUUUGGUCUUUAUGAUGCUUAUAUUGUUUAUAAUCUACUUAUGUCUUGAGUUUUGUAGUUUCAUGAUUCUUAGGUUAUUCAAUUGUGCUCGCAGUUGUCUUUAUUAUUGAGCAAUUUUCAUGCAAACAUUUAUGAAGUGGGAGGGAUUGUAGGAAUUGUUCGUCUAUAUUUCAUUACCAGAACUCUUUUGAUGGAGCUUAUGACUCUAUUGGAUUGUUAUAUUAAAUUGUACUAGUUUAGUAUUGUCAUAUAAGAUGCCGCACAUGACAAAUGGAUAAAUUUUAAGAUAAAUCUAUAAUAAAAUGUUUU